UAGCGCAUGCGCGGGCACGCUGACUCUCUUUCGGUGCGGUGCGAGCAGCAGGCAGGAUGGGUCACCAGCAGCUCUACUGGAGCCACCCCAGGAAGUUCGGCCAGGGCUCCCGCUCGUGCCGCGUGUGCUCGAAUCGCCACGGCCUGAUCCGCAAGUACGGGCUGAACAUGUGCCGGCAGUGCUUCCGCCAGUACGCCAAGGACAUCGGCUUCAUCAAGUUGGACUAAACACUUCUCAAGAAGAUGAGAUGUCACAAGGAGACUUCUGGACAUAAUUCUCUGCCUAAUUUGGAUAACUGGGCAUACUAAAUUUACAAAGUCUUUGCCAUGCUAUUUUGUGUAUAAAAUAAAAUGGCUUAACAGUCAA